AUGGACAAGCCUCUUCUUCACUUUGAAAUGGACGACCUUAUCAUGACUUAUGAGGAUGAGGAUGGGAGUGUUAGAUUGCUACCUGGGUACAAGUUUGAUCCCACUGAUAAAGUACUUGUGGAUUUUUAUUUGAAGAGGAGAGCCUUUGCUCAACCUCUUCCUUUUCAAAUCAUCCCAGAUUUUGAUGUGUUUCAGAUGGAUCCUUGGAAUCUACCCGGUGGAGAUGGAAAUAUUUUCAAUGAGCGUAAGUGCUUUUUCCACAACAUUGGGGAUCGCAACCUUGAAAGUCUUGACAUAAGGGUUGUUGGGAGUGGCGAGUGGAGAGUUAUGGAGAAAGGUAAAGAUGUUCCUAUUCCUCAAAACAAUGAGGUGAUUGGGAAGAGGAACACCCUGAAUUUCUGGGAAGUGCAAGGAGCCCGAGCUAGGAGAACCAAAUGGGUGAUGCAUGAGUUCCGCCUUGCAUCAGUAGCUAACUCAUCUAAGAUGGCAAAUUGGGCUGUGUACCGCAUCUUUCAAAACAAUGCAAGAGGGUCUAAUGAGGAAAGAUCCAAUAUUGGAGUGCUGAAGUAA